AUGGCUCGGAUUAUUUCUCUUGGGAAGGAGUUCAAUCGAGAACCUGAAUUUGGCUUACAACUUCUUCAACAACACGAGGUUCUGGUUGAGAUUUCACACCUUACGAGGUUGAGUAAUCUGAACUUGUCGAAUGCUGGCUUUGCAGGGCACGUUCCAAUUGAGAUUUCACACCUUAUGAGGUCGGUAACUCUUGAUUUGUCUACCUUCUAUUUUCCCGGAACCCCUUCACUGAAUCUUGAGAAUCCGAAUUUGAAUCUUCUCAUUCGGAACAUUUUUGAGCUUGCCGAACUUUAUCUUGAUGAUGUAAGGAUAUCAGCACAGGGGAGCAAGUGGUGCCAAGCGAUAUCAUCUUCACUCCCAAACUUGAGAGUGUUGAGAUUAUCAACUUGUAAUCUUUCAGGUCUUAUUGAUAGUUCAUUACUGAAGCUUCAAUCGCUUUCAGUUGUUUGGAUAGAGAACAAUUAUGCGUCUACUCAAGUUCCAGAAUUCUUCUCAAAAUUCACAAAUCUGACUUCCUUACUCCUCAGGAAUUCUAGAUUAUAUGGUGCAUUCCCAAAGAAAAUCUUCCAGGUACCUACGCUGCAGACUAUUGAUUUAUCAGGCAAUCAACAGCUUCAGGGUUCCUUACCAGAAUUUCCAAAGAACGCAUCUCUCCAGUCCUUGGUUCUAAGUGGGGUUAACUUUUCAGGGUUACUACCGAACUCUAUUGGCAACCUCAAAAUGUUGUCCAAUAUAGAUAUUUCACGGUGCAAUUUCACUGGAUCAAUCCCAAGGUCGAUAAAAGACCUUCAUCAAUUGGUUUAUUUUGACUUGUCAUUAAACAAGUUCAAUGGUUCAGUUCCAUCCUUCAGUAUGGCCAAAAAUCUGACCCUGAUCAAUCUUUCUAACAAUCAGCUAACGGGGUCAGUUUAA